GCCUGCUCUUCACCUUGGCCGCUUGGCAAGGGUGUUCUCCGGCAGCUCCUGUCCCCAGUGCUGGGACAGAAAAAUGUAUCAGUUCAGGGCUCCUGCGCCCCCAUCCUUGACUUGUAUGUGGGCGGGAUGGGAUGGGGCUCGGCCUGAUGGGGGGUUCUGGCUAUAGUUUACCCCGAGUUACCUCCUGCCCUUCCAGUGAAACACCAGUGAUCCUUUGUGGCAUCAACAGCCCCGUCUCCAGGGGAGGUGGUUUGGUGCAGGGUCUUGCCGCCUCUUGAAGCCCCAGGGCCUGAACGGGGUCUCCCCCUCGCCCCGGGCUCUGGGGGUGGAACAUGUUGUCCAAGCUGGGGGCUCCAGAGAGGCUGAGGCAGUCUGCCCGGUGGGGUACGCCGAGGGCCUGCCCGGAGGGCCCCCAGCUCCUGCCGGCACCCUGUCCUGCGCGCCAGCCUGACCCUCUCCUCUGCCCGCCUCUGCGUGGCCGGCUCCCACUGGCCCUCCAGUCUCCGCUUUCCGGGCAGCCCCGCCAGGGUCAGGUGCCCCCCAGGCCCUCGAGGCUCCCAGCCCACCUGUCCCGGCUCCUAGGACCCUGGGUGAAAACCGUCCGUCCCCUGGAUCAAGAUCUCUCAGGAUCUACCAAGUCUGGUCCAGCCUCCUGCCUCCGGAUUGGGGUUCAAAUCCGGGCUUCACCUGCAGCCUCAGUUUCCUCAACUGCAGAGCAGGGACACUGAGGGUAUUUGAGGAGAAGGGGGCGGCGCUGAGGGGCGCCCUGUGCGCUCUGCUCCCGCUGUGUCUCCUGCCCCUUCCCAGCCCGAGGUUUGCUGAUCACAGGAACGAGAGGGCACCUCGGUAACUACGCCUUGAGGAGGAGGAACCCGCCUGCCCUCCUGCUGGGCGUGGGGGGCCCGGGGCAGCACCCACCCGGGCUCCCUUCCCCUGCGCAGCUACCCUUUGACCUUAGGCGUGCAGGGGCCGGGCCGGGGUGUGGGAGACAGCACCCCAGCACGUCCCCGGCAGCCACGUCAGUUGGCCACCUGGGCACCCGCCUGGCCCCGCCUGGGUUUCCCCGAAGUCCAGGUGAAGUCCCACCCCUCCUGUGACCUACAGCCUGGGGUGGCCAGACCCAGCCACUCACUCCCUCAUUCACUCGGGGGACUGGUCCAACGGCAUUCCACCUCCUGGGAUAAAACCUGGGGUGACCCGUGGGGAGCUCUGCACACAGCUCUCCCAGCCGUGCCCUCACCCCACCGGCCAUGGUGGUUUCCAGAACUCCCCUGGCCCUGGGUGGAGGCCGUCUCAGGACCCUAACCCCUCUGCUGCUUCUGGCUUCUGUAGCCUCCCUCCGUGCUGCCAACAUACCUGCACCCCCGGCCUGUGGGAAGCCCCAGCAGCUGAACCGGAUCGUGGGCGGCGAGGACAGCCGUGACGCCGAGUGGCCCUGGGUCGUGAGCAUCCUGAAGAAUGGGACCCACCACUGUGCAGGCUCCCUGCUCACCAGCCGCUGGGUGGUCACUGCCGCCCACUGCUUCAAGGGCAGUCUGAACAGGCCGUCCCAGUUCUCUGUGCUGCUGGGCGCCUGGCAGCUGGGGAACCCUGGCCCCAGGUCCCAGCAGGUGGGCGUCGCCUGGGUGCACUCCCACCCCGUGUACUCCUGGAAGGAGGGCUCCCGUGCGGACAUCGCCCUGGUGCGCCUCGAGCACCCCAUCCGCUUCUCUGAGCGGAUCCUGCCCAUCUGCCUGCCUGACUCCUCCGUCCGCCUCCCUCCGAACACCCGCUGCUGGAUCGCAGGCUGGGGGAGCAUCCGGGAUGGAGUGCCCCUGCCGCAGCCCCAGCCCCUGCAGAAACUGGAGGUUCCCAUCAUCGACUCGGAGGUCUGCAGCCGCCUGUACUGGCGGGGAGCCGGGCAGGGGGCCGUCACCGAGGACAUGCUGUGCGCCGGCUACCUGGAGGGUCGGCAGGACGCGUGUCUGGGCGACUCCGGGGGCCCCCUGAUGUGCCAGGUGGAGGGCGCCUGGCUGCUGGCGGGCAUCAUCAGCUGGGGCGAGGGCUGCGCCGAGCGCAACCGGCCCGGCGUCUACAUCAGCCUGGCCGCCCACCGCUCCUGGGUGAUGAGGAUCGUGCAAGGGGUGCAGCUCCGCGGGCACUCCCAGGGGCGGGGGCCCGCAGGGGGGGGCCCGCGUUAGGGAUCUGGGGAGACGCCUGACACGUGCGCUCUCCGCCGUUGUAAUUAAGCCAUCUGCCUCCGGGGGGCGCCCGCGUGCCGGCACCGAGCGGCCUCCCAGCCCCGCCCUCGCGCGCCUCAGUGAGUGUGUGUGUGUGUGUGUGUGUGUGUGUGUGUGUGUGUGUGUGUGUGUGUGUGUCCUUGUUCAUACUUUGUACAGUUCUUUGUAGCCUCGCCCUCAUAUCUUAUUUAUUCCUCCAAUUGCAAUAAAUUAUUUAUUCCUC